AUGAAAGUCCUCAUUUCGGGUGGUGGAAUUGCUGGAUUGGCAGCAGCCAUUACUCUGCUCCAAGGAUCCAGCAACAACAACAAUAACCUGGAGGUUGUGAUUUUGGAAAAGGAUGCGUCCAGCGAAGCCCGCAUCCAGGGCUUUUCCUUGGGCAUUAGUCCUCUGGGAGCCACGGCGCUGCAGCACAUGAACAUGGCCCACCGACUCGUGGUGGAGAAACAGCUGGUGACACCACUGGGCAGUAAUUUUUGUCUGACCCAACAUGGAGGCAAUGUGCUCCUUCAGUCAUCGUCAUCAUCGUCAGCAUCAGAGGAGGAGAUGGAUUUGAUGGAAUUAUUUGAAAAAGGACGAACAUCCAUCAAUCGAGGAGUCCUAAGACAGCAAAUGCUGCAAGAAAUAUCCAGAGACGACCGAGCCACCAUUCUGUGGUCUGCCAAAGUGGUCCACCUGAACUAUUACACUACACAAACACAGGGGCCGCCAAGCGUCCAAGUGACUCUGGAGGAUGGCCGGCACAUAACGGGGAAUGUCUUGUUGGGAUGCGAUGGCAUCUUUUCCAAAGUCCGCGAGUUGUUGCUGCUGCCUCCACUGCCAAAAUUGCGGCAUUUGGGAGUGGCAUGGGUCCGUGGGGUCUGUCCGGAACAGGGACAAUUAGCCGAAUGGUUUGGCGAUAAUGGUCACAACAACAACAACAAGAAAUCCUUUACGUUCGGCAUGACCGACCCGCGAGGAGCUAUAUUCUUGGUCGAAUGCGACAAGACGAAUCUGUUGUGGUACUUUGCAUUUCCCAUGAAGAAACACGACAAUAAUACUAUGAGAAUCGACGACCGUGAACAGAUCCUCGGAUUAUUGGUGGAACAAUGCCGGCACUGGCAUCCCUGUGUUCUAGCUAUCAUUCAAGAUACGCUCCAAUGUCAAGGCCCCAUGCUAUUUCGUCAUCUCUACGAUCGCCCACCGGAUCACUUGACGAAGUAUUGCCUUCCAGACCCAUCCGCUCCCAUUACACUGCUGGGUGAUGCCCUUCAUCCCGUCGCAUCCUAUGCGCUCGCCGGGGGUGGCAGCAAUGCGCUCUCGGAUGGCGUGGACGUGGCAAAAUCAUUGCUGUUAGUAGCCAAUAGCGACAAUCAUCAUCCGGCCAAGGCGCUUCGAGAAUAUGAAAGACCUGUACUCGAGCGGUCCCUGCCGCAGGCCCGCAACUCCAAAUGGAUGACGACUCUGUUGCACAGUGGUUGGUUGGGUGGAUACGCUGCCCGAAUUGCGUUUUGUAUCUUGCGCGGUGUCUUGUGGUUGUUGGGGAAAUCGCCGUGA